UCCUAAAUCAUGUAAACCGUGUCUCGGUCGACCAAGCUGUAUUAGGCCUACAUUAACGCCUUUUGUCGUUACAUUUCCCCAAUGGCGAUCUUCAAUCCCCUUCAAUUCCUCAUAUUCCCCUUCGUCUUUCUCGUCGCCCUCCCCCUCGCCCUCUGCGCCGGCGUGACGACUAUGAUGGCUUUCAUGGUCUUGUUCCUGCGCCUGUUCCUCGUGUACCUCGACGUUGGGCUGGAGACGCUGCGGUAUGUGGUUCUCGGCAACGCGGCGCAGGCCCGCUCUAUGAGGACGUCGUCAUCGCAGCGCACUCCAUUGGUAAUAGCGCCGGCGUCGCCCGAGCCCUUCUCGCCGCCCUCUUCCCCGAGCACGCGCCGGCACAAGAGACGGACCAGCGGCAGCCUUAGUAGCGGCUCUACAACGUCGAUGGGCGGCCUGAACGGGUUCAGCCUGACGCCCGGCAUCGAGCUCGAAAGAGACUUUGAGGGCGUGGGCGGGUGGCGCCUAGACAACGUGGAGGUCGAAGCCGAUGCUGCCGCCGACCAGCAGUGGUACAACCUCAACUCCCGGCUGCGGAUCCUCGACCGUCGCCACCACUUCAGAUCCCGGAGCGGCGGCGUCCUGCUGUCCAGGAAACCCGGGCUCUCCCCGCACACCGCGGAGGCCCUCUUCACGACAGCGAUCCCUAGUCCCGAAGAGGGCCGACGGACGUACACGUCAGCCAACAGUUCGAGGUCCCGGACGCCCACAAAAACUAGGCCUUAUAGCUUUUCGAAGCUCGACCAGGAUGAAUACUUUCCCCUCCAGGACGACAUGCAGUCGAACAACAUGCCGGUCCUGGAAGAUGAAGAGAUAAUGGACAAAAUGGAACCCGAAUGGAACCCGGAAUUAUCAAAGGGAAAAUAGACUAAAGACCCAAAAAGAAAACGAUGGGCGCAAUUACUACCUGGUUGGCUAUUGUAGUAGUUUGGUGUUCUGUGUGGCAAUUAUAACAGGAACUCCUAUCCGGUUUUUUCUAUAAGGCGUUUUCCGGGGAGGGACCCGACCGGGUUUAGGACGAGGGGAAAAAAAGAGUCCAUGGAGGUCAACAAUGUAUAGGUUAGGUUCGGUUGGUCAAUUAUCCAUCGCCAUUCUGAACAGUCGGGAAUUCAAUGA